AUGCAAAUACAUCAAAGACGUCAUGGAAACGCAACAGGGUGGAUGUGGCUAACCAUUGGUGUUCUUAUCUUUUGUUUGAAUGUGGCUAUGUCAUCACAGGAAGAUUUCGAAAGCGACCGCGUGGCCCAAAUGCUUGAUGAUGAUAUUCAGCUAGGUCGAUUUUCAGCAAUUCACAGCAGGAAUAUGAAGAGCGCUCCCACUUGUACUGAUGGUUAUAGAAAUGGUAAUGAAACUGAUAUAGAUUGUGGUGGUGACAUAUGUCCAAAAUGUCCCAAUGGAAGAACCUGCAAAGCCGACUCAGAUUGUGUUAGUGAAGUGUGCAAAUCUAAAACAUGUCAAGAACCCAAUUGCAGCGAUGGUGUGAAGAAUCAAGAUGAAACUGACAUAGAUUGUGGUGGUAAAACAUGUCCUAAAUGUGCUAAUACAAAAAUUUACAGCCUUGUAUCGCAUUCAUGA